AGGUAAUUCUCGCACUAGAUUACCUAAAUAUAGCUUUCAAAAGUGCAGAAUACGCAGCCCCAUUAAAUCGCUUGUUCAUAUCUAAUCUCUACCCUUCUUCAUAUAUAUAUUCGCCAUUUUAGCAUCACAAUACCUCUCUCCGUCUCUCUCUCUCUCUCUCUCUCUCUCUGCGCCUGGCCUGUUGGGAAGAGAUCGAUAUGGAUAAUGGAGAAGUAGUUGAGAAUGAGGAGUUCAUUCUCUGGAGCGGAAACCAGCCGGAGAAGAAGCCAACGGGUGGCUCUGCGCCGCCGGCCAUUGAAGACGGUGGCGGUAUCGAGAAGGAGGCGGCCGCCGGAGAAGCCGUGCCUAAACCCAACACCGCAGGUGCGUUGAAAGGGAUGGCAAGAUCAGAGUUGUAUGAGAUCUGUGCAGCCAGUCGCUGGAACCCACCAGUCUUUGACUGUUGCAGUGAGGAAGGUCCAAGUCACCAGAAAACGUUCAAGUUCAAGGUAAGGGUAGAGAUAAAAGGAGAACAUAAAGCGACCACUUUGGUGUGUUUUAGCAACCCGUUUCCGAUGAAGAAAGCGGCGGCAGAGAAUGCAGCUGAAGGGGCACUCUGGUUCUUGAACCAUCUUGGUUAUCGCUCAAAGAAUCAAUGAAAAAAAGAAAAAAACAUUCUGGAUUUUCUGUCAGUCUGGAGUGCCAAUUACAAUAAAAUUGUAAGUGUAAAAUAUUUUAUUAUUA